AUGGCACCGCAUUCGGAAAAAUCGCAGAAGAAUAAGAGCAACGACAAGCCUAAAAUCGAUAAAGCUUCUAAGAAAAUAUCCAAACCAAAACGGGAACAAAACGGCGCCUCCGUGAAGUCAGAAUCACUCGCAUUGCAGCUCGAAGACGAGGUUCCCGACUUUCCCCGAGGUGGAGAAUUUUCUAUGAAGCGAAGUAGUAAUAAUUACGAGAAGUUUGGCGAUGAAGAUCCAUCUAAGAAUUUGUGGAAGAAUAAGAAGAAGAAAAAAGUGUUUAGUAAGAGUGAAGACGCUGAAAGUGAUUUUGGCUUGCUUUUCGGUGCUGGUAUCACUGGAAAAUUGUCACGGCAUGUGAAUAGAGUUACUCUCAAAUAUUUAACUCCUGGAAUGAAGCUGUGGGGAGUUGUCGCUGAAGUAAAUAAUAAAGAUCUUGCAGUUAGUUUACCAGGGGGUUUACGUGGUAUUGUUAAUGCUUCAAAUGCACUAGAUCCUAUUUUGAAUGACAAAACCGAGAUUGGAGAAAGUUUUCUUUCUAGUAUAUUUUCUGUUGGCCAGCUAGUUUCUUGCAUUGUGCUUAGAUUGGAUGAUGACAAGAAAGAGAAAGGACACAGACUAUGUUUUAUGUUUGACAGGUUCUAA